UAUUUAACCUCACGUCCUCUGCUCGUGCAACCACAGUUCUGUGAACAUUCCUACGAUCAAUCAACAUGCUUGCACUCCUUACACGCCUGCUUACGCAUCACCUUCCGCCAGUUCUCUCUCUCGUCUCCUUCAUCCUUGCUCUACUCGCCCUACUUUCGCCCGUGCCUGCUCUGCACACCAGCGUCAACCUUCUCUCUAUCACCCCAACUCAGAGUCCUGCUGCAAAGCGCGACGUGGCCGCAUUCGAGGAGCUGAGCCGGUUCAACAUCCGUACACUUCGUGAACUGCAUAUCGAACUCGCCAGGGACACAACCGUGGAUGGGCCUAGCAUUUUCAUGGGACUGCUUGGUUCUUGUGCUCGCUCUAGCAACGAGGCCGAUGUGACUUGCACCAACUCUACUUUCAAUCCCACUUAUGACCUCUCCGCUCUUCCGACCAACACUCCCGCCCUCGCACUGGACGGACCUACCGCAUCUACCCCGGAGUUUAUCCUCACGUCGAUCAUCCUGUUAUUCCUCUUCAGUGCGCAUCAUGCCCUUGCCUCCCUCUUGCCCGAAGGUGCCAAAAUCCACGGGCCUCUCGGUAAAAUGGCACGCGCCAUGGGCUGGCUUGGCGUCAUUGGCUGGCUUGUCGGCAUGGUAGCUGUAAUUGUCCUCCGUGCAUGGUAUGGCAACGCGCAGUCCGCGUUCGCUAAGGCCAUUGCUGCCGCCGGCUCUUCGGCACCUGCACUCACAGCGACCGUCGGAAAUGGUUUCACGAUGCUGUGGAUUGCGUACGCGUUCGCUGCACCUGCCCUGCUCAUCGCUCUGGUCAAGCUCAAUCACGCUGGCUUGGUCAAGCAGGUGUAAUACUAUACGAUCAAUCGCCUCUCUUUCUCUCCUUGACGUGGACUCCGCUGUAGAUCUUCAUCCAGUAUAAUAUAUCCCAUGCAGCCACUCCCAGGAGAUGUAAUAUGCAAUGGAAGUGCGUCUUC